UGCCAGGUGCUGCAGUACUAUGACACAGAGCCCAGUUACCUCUACGAUUAUGGGAAACGACAUAGCAACUACGGAUUUGGCCUCGGAAAACGAACCCCCGGCUAUGCCUUCGGUCUGGGCAAACGCGAGGGCUUGUACUCUUUGGGCCUGGACAAAAGAUCAGACCUCUAUUCUUUCGGGCUAGGCAAGAAAUCAGGUAGUUAUAACUUCGGUUUGGGCAAGAGAAGCGUCGGCGAUCUCCCGGAGGUCUCAAAGGUAGAGGACGGGGCGUCUCCAAGGACAAAGCGAGACGUAAGCAUCACCGAGGAUACCCUAGAGGACAAGAGAGCCAAAUACUCCUUCGGGAUCGGUAAAAGAGAAAGCAGCAAGAACAAGAGGUCAAAGUUGUACGGGUUUGGUCUGGGAAAACGAGACUCUGGUGAAGAAAGGAGGGAAGACGACGACAUGGAAAACAGAACCCAACAGUAUUCCUUCGGCCUUGGCAAACAGGACCCCGACAUGGAAAUAGAGAAAAGGCCACGAAAUUAUGCCUUCGGUCUGGGAAAGCGAGAAUCUGAUGAAGAUUCUGAUAAAAGAUCUCAGAUGUAUUCCUUCGGUCUUGGCAAACGGGAUCCCGACAUGGACAUGGACAAGAGGCCCCGGGAUUAUGCUUUUGGCCUUGGGAAACGUGCCUCCAGUGACGAAGAUGACGAGGAGCGUUACUACGCAUAUGAACAGGGAAAGAGACCCACUGCCUACAGUUUCGGUCUUGGGAAACGCGCUUUUAGUGAGACGGAUGACUAUGACAAUGUGAACGACAACGACGAUGGGGAUGAUGAGCUGGAACUCAGCGACUUGGAACAGUACAGCGAUGACCUCAAGAGGGCUACCUCGUAUGGUUUUGGACUUGGUAAGAGGAGCGAUGCACCCGACAGUGGUUUUGGCAGGAGGUCAUACGAUUUCGGUCUUGGGAAGAGAGCUGGUCGGUAUGCCUUUGGUCUGGGGAAGAGGACUGGUCCGUAUGCCUUUGGUCUUGGAAAGAGGACUGGUCCGUACGCCUUUGGUCUAGGAAAGAGGACUGGUCCGUAUGCCUUUGGUUUGGGAAAAAGAGUUGGUCCCUAUGCGUUUGGUCUUGGAAAGAAGGCUGGUCAUUAUGCCUUCGGUCUUGGAAAGAGAGCUGGUCCAUAUGCCUUUGGUCUUGGAAAAAGAAGUGGCCCCUAUGCUUUCGGUCUUGGUAAGAGAGCUGAUCCAUACGCAUUCGGCCUUGGUAAAAAGGCUGGGCAGUAUUCAUUCGGCCUUGGCAAAAGGUCAGGCCCAUAUUCUUUCGGUCUUGGCAAACGUAGCGAUUCCGACUCCGACCAAUACACCCUGGGAAGGCGUUCUGGAGUGUAUUCAUUCGGCCUGGGCAAAAGAGCUGGUCCUUAUAGCUUUGGUCUUGGAAAACGUGAGGUGAGCGACGAUGACCACGACGAAGAUGAACAAGACAUAGGAGUAGAGGAAGAGAUGUCAUCCUAAGUCUCCUUCAAGGUGUCUGACACUACCUAGGCGCAUAAUUAUUCCCAUCUUAACUUCCUCGAUGAGACCGAAUUCUAAAACAAAUCUUAGAGCAAGAAAUUACUCAUAUAAUUAUAACCCCCUGGUUUUGUGAGGCUUAGUGCGGCUGUAUUCACUCCUCCAAGAGUAUGUGAAUGCCUCAUUAGUUCUGAUUCUACUAAUCGGAGCUUAAUUGGCUGGCUGGUAGUAACUUUCAAGGAUGCUUUUGAAUUCGGUCUUGUAUCUUAUUCUCUAACAUAUACAAGACAGGUUCCAGCUUCAUCUUUCUUAUUUUCUACAUUUCUCCAAAUUUACUUUACAAUUUUAGGUCAAUAAUCAUAAAUGUAAUUCCUAAUGGUAACACCACGGAGGCUAACCUAUGUUGUGCCUACACAACUCUGGCCUAUCCUAUACCAUAAACUACAUAUUGUGGCAGGUUUCAGUAUGUAAAAACAAAAAAACAAAAUCAGUAUUGCCAAGUGUAUCAGUUAAGGUGAUGGUCGGGCAAUCAAGAUGCUAAAAACAGAGGAAAAUAAUUGUUUUUUUCUUUGGAUAUGAGAGAAUGUGUUGCAAAUACCUCCAGUAGCCUUAGUCUCACCAGAGGCUAGGUCUGUAUCAAUUAUGUUAUCUUUAGUAUUAUAUGAGAAAUAAAGUAAUAUAUAUUAAAGAUAAUAUUAUGAAUUUGCAUAACUUGAAAAAAUAAAAUCAUUCCACCUAUAGUUUUCAUACUAUUAAUGUUUAUAGAAAACUUGAAGCAUUUUGUCAGGUGACUUGGGGAGUACUGUACACAGAGGAUAUGUUCUAAGCUUUAAUAUUAUAUAAUAUUUUCUAUACGUAUUAUAUUGAUAUUUGUCCAAGAUUAUUUAUAAAAAUAAAUUAAAAGGCUGAAGACUGACAUUAUGAAGACGGUUGACUAGGCUCUUAUUGAACCUUUUAAUAAUGACAAUGUGAUUUAAUGCAUAUUGAUUUUUAUCCUAUAGCUUGUGGUGAAACCAUUCAAAAUUUGUAUAGCAGUGACUAAUGUUUUCUUCAAUAUGCAUUAAUGAGAUAUAUUCGCAUGAAGAGUAACGGAAUUAUUCUCCAGGGAUCGAUUUGCCUAAGGGAAGCCAACCUCAGGACGAGAGAAACUUGUAUAACAAAACCUAACAUAAAGUAUAGUCUCUUGUUUAUUACUGGUUAUCCCGGUCCACUUUGAGCCAAUACAGAAGAAGUGCUUCCGGAAAGGAUUAUAGUUUAAACCUCAAGAAUAUUGUAUGUAUAGUGAGCCACACUGGAGUUCUAUGGAGUAUAUUGAUUGUGUUUAUGCCCUGAUUCCGUUCAUUGUGUGGCCAUGUGACCCUCCUACACGGGAGAACAUGUAUGCUCUGUAACUAUCGAAUGUAUAUCAAAAUAAGAUAUUGAAGCUAUUUAUUUUCUAUAUUUUUCCUCUGUUUUAUAAUAUAUGUUUGAUUAAAGA